CUUCGCAAAAAGGAUUCACGAAGUGACGUCAUAUUGAUGUCAUGUAGAUAAACAAAAAAACAAACCUGAAUAGCUGAAUUCGAGGAUUAAAUUUAUGCAUGAAAUAGUUGUGUUUUCUUACAUAAAACUGUUGCUUUUAAUCUGACAAGAUUCAGUGAUUCCUGCAAAAUGAUAUCCGAUGCUUUAGGUGAUCUAGAGAAAUGUGUCGAUACGGCAGGAACACAAUUAGAUACUUUAGCACUAAAGAUAACAGAUGUGGAGAGAAAUCUCGAUGGAAACGACAUGGAGGAAUUGGAAAGUGGAAUGAUGGAAUUGCUAGAAUCAGUAACCGAAGUAAAAAAUGAAUAUCAAAAUCUGCAGAAAGAUCUUCAAGAAGUCCAACAACUACAGAAAGAGAUGACCUGUUCAUUAAGGUAUCAAUUACGAACGAUGACACAAACAUUUCAUGUUUUAAAGAAAAAGAUCGAGGCAAAUAAUUUGCCCCUAACUUCACUUCCGCCACCUUCGUCUUCCAACAAACAAAACAGCUCAGAAAACACUAUAAAACUAAACAAACAAAACAAGAAUUGAUCCUUGAUUCGCGUGUUUUCCACUGUGAUUCUCAACUAUUCUUACUCAUUAGUAUUUUAACUAAGUUGGAUACUGUUCUUGCCGAGCCAAUGCGUGUGUUUAAUUCUUUGGCCUUUAGCUAUAUAGUCAUGUAUCGGUGUUUCGUGCACUUCAUCAACAAAUUGAUCACAAUCAUCCGCGCUGAAAUUGCCGUAACUGACAAGGCGAGACCUUACAGGACGGUCUACCCAUCAUCAAAUCGUUACCUUUGAACGACAUUUUAGUGCAUAAAAAGUUAAGUUUAUAUUUUAAAGUAGUUUUACCGAUUGCUGGCGAUGUGCGUAUCACAACGGAAUAAAACCUCAUAAUAAGACAGUGACAGAUUCCAAAAGGUGCUCUCCACCUGCUCUUAGUUUACUGAUUCGACCCAACGAGUAUUAGCUUACUGUGAACAUUCAUAAAUCUUGCGUAUAUGCAUCUUUUAGCUUGUAUACCGAAUAAAUGUAUUCUAUUUGUUUCUGUUGUAAGCAACACUAAUUAAGACGAAUAAUAAGCUUGUCAUUGUAGAAGUUGUAAGCGCAUGUACAUUCUGGAUCAAUAUGUUCAAACCAUAAUACAACCAUAUAGAAUAAUUGAAGGUCAA